CACAUCAUCAACCCAUUGCCUUAACGCAAAAAGAAAAAAUAUCAAAUUACUUCGAAAUCCCUAAUUUUCUUUGACACUUUCUCGAGAAAAUGUCUGGUCGUGGAAAGGGAGGCAAGGGUUUGGGAAAGGGAGGAGCCAAGAGGCACAGGAAGGUCUUGCGUGACAAUAUUCAGGGCAUCACUAAGCCGGCCAUUCGGCGUUUGGCCAGGAGAGGUGGUGUGAAGAGAAUCAGUGGUCUGAUCUACGAGGAGACUCGUGGAGUCCUCAAGAUCUUCUUGGAAAAUGUCAUCCGUGAUGCCGUUACAUACACCGAGCACGCUAGGCGCAAAACGGUUACAGCCAUGGACGUUGUCUACGCUCUCAAGAGGCAGGGUAGGACUCUCUACGGCUUCGGUGGUUAAAUUGGCGGUGUCUGGAUUGCGCUAGGGUUUUGUAAAUCUGGUGGUGUAGUGGCUUUAAUUAAGGUUAAUUUCGAUUUUUGUGUUAGGGUUUCGUUCAGCUAUUAAAAGUGUAUUGUGUUUUCUAUUUGGAAUGAAAAUGCACUUGUUUUCUCCAAAAAAAAGUUCUGUAGAAUUAUAUUUUUAAUUGGGAAUUUGUGUUUUGAUC